AUGAACGAUUAUCUCGACAUUUUCGGUCAACAGACCUUCACUAUCAAUAUUCAAUCAUGUUUCUGCUUUCCCCUCCCGGACAACUCCACAUGCCCCAAAAUCAUCGACACACUUACCAAAGGUCUUGAGAGACUCAGUACAAGCUUUCAGUGGUUAGCAGCAUCCCUCGCACCGCCAUCCUUCGUCUCCACUGACGAUGCACUCACAGCCUUCAUCUGGCAAUCUGUUACUCGGGCUCGUCUGCGGCGGUUGGACCCCUCCACUCACUCGAACCUGAUGCGCGCCGUUGAUGUACGAGGCAUUCUCGGUAUUUCUUCCCUCUACCCCGGUCCCAUACAAAGCAAUGUAUAUACCGGGCUUCCGAUGAGGAGACUCACUGAGGAGCCACUGGGUACCAUUGCACUGCAGCUUCGGUUAGCCCUAAGCGACAGAUCGCGCUUGGAACACCACACGCGUGCCAUUGCAACCUUCCUGAGCCGUACGCCUGACAAGAGUAAAUUCUCCUUUGGCGCGUCGGUUGAUACAACAACGGAUCUUAUAUUCAGUUCGUGGGCGAAACUGGAGGGCUGUUGCUUCGACUUCAACCUUGGUUUGGGAUUGCCCGAGGCUGUACGAAAGCCAAGAUGCAAUGAGGUAGAGGGGUUGACUUUCGUAUUGCCCAAGACGCGCGAAGGCGAUAUCGUAGUUGCGACAUGUCUACGGGAUGACGAUAUAGAAAGACUUCGGUCUGAUGUUGAAUUUAUCGAGCAUGCGGAGUACAUUGGAUAG